GGCGAAGAAGAAUUUUCCCCCUCAGCUGAUUGGCUGAACCAGCGAGGGGCGUUGUUUGAAUUUCAGCGUGAGGCGCUUGCAGCUUCUCGGCCAGUUUGUUUGGCUUCGUGUACUUUUAAACCGCGGAGUUAGGACGCAGUGUUUGAACUCCACAGUUUUCACCUGUAUAUUUGCAGCCAUGCGUCACAAUUCAUCUGCCAGCCGUCGGAAGGGAAAAACCCCUCAACGUCGCCCACAAACGCCAGCCCAAGGGACAUCCAGUAUAGCAUCCCCAAGACGCACAGGAGCUCCAGGGGCGCCUCCUGCCUCCCCCAAGAAGAAAAGGUUUCGACCAGGAACCCGAGCAUUAAUGGAGAUCCGCAAGUACCAGAAAAGCACCGAUCUCCUGCUCAGGAAGGGACCCUUCUCUCGCCUGGUCCGUGAAGUGUGCCAUGGUUUUUCCAGAGAAGCCCUCCGCUGGCAGGUCUACGCUCUUAUGGCCCUCCAAGAGGCUGCAGAGGCUUUUCUCGUCAUGUUAUUCUCAGAUGCCAACCUGUGUGCCAUCCACGCCAAGAGGGUCACUGUGUUCCCCCGUGACAUUCAGCUUGCCCGGAGGAUCCGUGGGGUGGAAAAGCUAUAAUAACAAUCCUAAUCCAGCGUCAGAAAUGACAUUCUCACUUAAGUUUGACACAUUUAUGUGUUUUC